AUGUCUCAGUACUACCCUCAACACACCAAAGCCAUCCAUUUGAACUUCAUUCCCGUUACACCACCCUAUCCAUGGCGAAGUCCCUACCAGUUCAUCAAAUCCCUUCUAUCUGUGCCAUUCUCAGCAAAAGAUCGUGGCUACAUCGCCCGGACAUUAGGGUAUUUUACCGGCGGCAAUGCGUACAUGAAACAGCAAGAAACUCGACCACAGACUCUAGGCUACGGGCUCCACGAUAGCCCCGUCGGAUUAUUAGCUUGGAUCUAUGACAAAAUGCACACUUGGUCCGACAAUUACUCCUGGACGGAUGAGGAGAUAUUGACCUGGGUGAGUGUAUACUACUUCUCCACAGCUGGGCCCAUGGCGUCAACGAGGAUCUACUACGAGGCGUCGGCGCCGAAGCGUAGUGGAAGUGCGGCUAUCUCGGAGGAUGAAUCUCAGGAGGAUCUGCUGGAAAAGAAAGACCUGAAUUAUAUGUCGCUUGACCAAGUUCUCGGGGUUCGGGCACCGCAGUGUGUGCGCUUUGCAGUGGCGCAGUUCGCGGAGGAGAUCAUUAUGUGCCCUAUGGCGUGGUGUCGGUCCAUUGGGGAUAUUGUGCAGGAAACAGAGUAUGAUCGCGGUGGUCAUUUUGCGGCAUGGGAAGUCCCAGAGUUGCUGGCGUCUGAUAUCAAAAGGUUCCUAAGCAAUAAUGGACCAGCCUACGGAGCUGUAGCCAACAGAAAUGGUUAUUGA